AUGGACAAACCAAAACGCCGGCGAGUGCGCACGGGCUGUCUGACGUGUCGCGAGCGGCAUCUCAAGUGCGACGAGGGAGUGCCGGACUGUGUCAACUGCAUCAAGUCUCGCAAGGUGUGUCGACGAGGCAUACGACUCAACUUCAUUGAUUGCAAGGUGGGAGACGCCUCUCACUAUGAAGUUAGUGACAGCUGGCGGCCAAGGAUCUUUGACGAGUCACGAGAUAUAGCGGCGGGCUACGACGGAGGCCUCGGGCUCUAUGCCAGAUACCCUACUCCUGUCAAUGAUGUUGACAUGGAUGAUGUGGGAGGUUCUCAAGCUACACAAACGGGUGUGGCAACGACAAAUCGACAUGCGGGCGGACAGAUUACACACACACUAGGCGCAUCCAUGCCCAACCCGCUACAGGCGUUUCGACCGCCCCAAAUACACAAAUAUGCAUAUUCGUCCGCCAAAGGAAUGACUCUCAACGACCCCACGACGCCGUCACGUGAUCCAGACAUGAGCGAACUGCUGCCCGUGUUUGUGGAGUAUAUUGCGCCAAUGUUGGAUUUGUUUUGUGGCUCGGAAAUGUUUUCCAAGGUCGUUCCUGUGAUUGCCUUGACUCAGCCGACCUUGCAGUACUCGGUCUUGUGUUGUGGAGCGGUCAUUUUGGCGCACAAAAGCAAGACAGUUGAGGCUGAAAGACGAGCUGAGAAAUACUUUCUACAGGCCACAAAGUCAUUGUUAGGCGAUAUGACCUCUUCUCCCAAAGACCUGGAGUUGUGUGUCUUGUCCACAAUUUGUCUAUCGGUCUAUGAACUGAUUCAGGAGGUGUCUGAGGCCCGAGGAAGGCGUAUUUCGGGCGUUAAUCAAAUGAUUGAAGAGUUCCAUUGGGUUGUUAUGCCCACUGGACGGCCUGAAAUGAACUCUCUGGUGGAAAAAUGCUGUUUUUGGGCCAACAUGAUGAUCGAUUUCAUCUUCUCGCGCCGAGUCGAUUCAGGCCCGUUUCUGAACCCCCACAAUUGGGGGUCAGUACACGAUGUACAUACCUUGCCCUCAAACACGCCCCCUGACGCUUGGUGGAUGCAUUCCAUAUUGCAUCUAUCUGCCUGUGCUAACUACUUUAGCCAGCAGUGCCACGUGCCUACUUAUGACGAGUUUGUGCACAACCAGCGGUGGAUCGAGUGGAAGAAGAUUGUUUUGGAUAUCAAGAGAUGGAAAGACAGACUGCCUAGUCGACUAGGAGCGAUUGUGGAUCUGAAACUGCCUUCCAAUCAGUCACAUUUUGACACAAUUCUGUUUGCGUCUUCGUCAGCCAUGUACGCAAACAUUUGCUACCAUGGAGCCUUGUUGCUCAUGAACAAAUGCAAGCCAUACACUGCCUACCCCAUCCACGAUCCAGAAGUGGCUAUAGAUGUGACGUAUCACUCUCGACGGAUCCUGGGAAUUAAUAGACAAACCAAGAACGUGAUUCACGCCAUCAUGAGCCUGUGGACAGUGCGACUGGCGUGCUUUCAUGUGACGAAUUAUGUGGAGCAGGUGGAGAUUGUCAGACAUUUGGACUACUUGCAGGAGGCGGGAGCAUGGAAGACGAGCGACACAAGGGAGUUCUUUCAGAGUUAUUGGGGAUGGCAAACAUCAUAA